UUACCCAACACUUGGGUAUCAAUAAGCGUCGUAGCGCGAUCCGCUUUGUGUUUUCAUAAUUCAUUAAUUUGUGCGAAGAACGCAUGUAGAAGUUUUAAUCAAAAGAGUUGUACCAUGCAAACGAGAUUAAUAUUCCUGGUCCUGCUCCUGACCAUCCUGCACAGCACUUCCGGCCUGUACUUUCAUAUGCGGGAAAAUGAGCGAAAGUGCUUUGUCCAGACAGCGCCCGACGAUACUGACGUGAUUGUUCAUUACAAGGCGGAGGUGGAGGAUCCGAGAUCCGACGGUUUUACGAUACGGUCGCCCGGCAUUGGGAUGUUUGUGGAUGUGCGGGGCAGCGAUGCCCUGGUCGUCCUCUCCCGCGUCUAUGACUCAGAAGCCCGCCUCAGGUUUACCACCUCCUGGCCUGGUGACUAUCAAAUCUGCCUGGAACCCAAAGGUUCUGAAUGGUGGAGUGGAGCCCUGCUGCGUGUUCACUUGGACAUCAAGAUGGGCAACCAAGCUAUGGACUACGAAACGAGUAGGAGGACGGAGAACCUGGAUAAUUUGCAGUUGCGGGUUCGACAGCUCAUGAAUCAGGCUGAGGAUAUCUACAAGAAUCAGAACUACCAGCGCUAUCGGGAGGAGCUAUUUCGGGAGACCAGCGAUAGCAUAUACUUCAACAUAAUAUAUUCCGCCGUUGGCCAGGUUGUAUUACUUGUCCUGGUACUGGUCAUACAGUACCAUCUUUUGUUCAGGAAACCUUCCCCGUACCUUUCUUACUGCCAAAUUCUUGGUGAAAAAGAACUGGCCAGGUUCAGGACACCAGAGGCGUUCCGCGCACUAAUGGCCAUCUGGACUCAAGACCAUGAGGGGCUCACUUCCAGUGCCAUCUCACAAUGGAUCGCCCAGUUUGAGGAUCCAGGAUUAACGAACGAGAAAGAGCAAAUCCUUAUCAAUCAAAAGCUUCAAGCCAAAGUGGAAGAAUUUGCUGCAAAAUUCCUCACCAAGCCUGCUCCGGAGAUUCUGGGUAAUGCAAAAGGUAGCUACUACGCAUCCAAUGUUCAACUGUCUAGCCUGCUGUCCACCGCCCAGAGGAAUCGCAGUGUCCACUUGAAAGGCGACACAUUCCUGCUGGUCUGCGAAUGCGAAGAUUGCAAGGCCAAGAAUCCGAUUGGAGUGGAUACGAAACCAUAAAUGAAACCUUUAACACAUAAGUCGUCUGUCUUGAAUAUGUUUUCCCUUUGUUCUUGUUAUUCUACCAACUCAUCGCAUCUAAAAAAUAAAUUUAAUUUAUAAAUG